AUGGUCGAUCAUAAUGCCGGUGAAAAACCGAUAGAAUAUUGGAUAAGUCGAUCAACCGAUCCAUUCAUUGACGAAGAAACUCGCAAGCAAAAUGUUCAAAAAUUGUGUGAUCGAGUGAAUUAUGAGGCCGACGGCGCUAUGGUGGCCACCGGUAUCCUAGCACAUAAAAUAGUGAGCCCUGAUCAGGAUGAAGCGUUGUACUCUUUGCAGGCUGUUGAUCAACUGGUGCGAAAAUGUGGAGAGAAGGUUCAUAAUCGUGUUGGAAAAUUUCGAUUUUUAAAUCAACUCGUAAAAUUGAUUACUCCAAAAUAUCUUGGAGCACAGACUUCACCCGAGGUGAAGGAAUUGGCGAUAAAACUGUUGUACUCCUGGCAGAAAUCAAUGCGUCACGUUGAGAAGUUCAAAGAGGUCUAUGAUUCUUUACGGGAACAUCAUCUGAUCACUGCUGAUCCGAUCAUUCCGGAAGAGGAAAUCAUGAUUGUGCAAUCAAAUCCUCCUAAGCUGGCCGUCUUUGAAGAUGAAGAAAAAGCUCGUUUACUGAAGGAGUUACUGAAGAGUACAAAUCCGGAUGACCUCCAAGCGGCAAAUCGUCUCAUUCAAACGCUAGUAAAAAGUGAGGAUCAAAAAAUAGAGAGGCGACAUAAACGAGCUGAUGAGUUGGAACAAGUACGGCAGCUAUGUAAACGGUUAGAAGACGCAAUGAUGGAGAAGACAGCCGAAGAAUUGGGAAUCACUCCUGAUAUCAUUUAUACAGAGGCUAAAAUGAAGACAUUGGCGGAUGAGCUAAUGGCCGUAAGACCACACCUGUUCCGAUUUGCCAGCGAUGCGACGGAAAACGAUGAGGAAGCACUGGCUGAAAUACUUGCAGUCAAUGAUCAGGUUAAUCAACUGAUCCAGAAGUAUCGUAAUUUUUCGCAAACUGGACGCGUUAGGCAGCACAACGGUGGCUCAUCAGAGGAGGCUGCAGACCUCCUCGGUCCGGAACCUAAUGAUUCCGUGACAGGACCAACAUCAUCUACCGUACCAUUGGAUUUCAAUGCUGACGCUUUAUUGAAACAGAAAUUUAGCAAAGAAGUUCCCAGCAGCAGUUCAGAGUUCGCAGAUGUCCCCUUCAUUGGAUUUGAUAGGUCGAUGACGCCAGCUCUACCGCGAAAAGUGAAACCUCCAUCGCAGCCGGCCACAUCGGUCCUCGACGAUUUGACCACACUCAUCGAUGGCGACCUGUUUUCCAAGCAACCACCCUCUCAAACGUUUAAAAACAUUAAACCAACUUUAAACGAUUUGUGCACAUCGUCAUCGGUUUCUAAUGUUUCCAUAAGUCCGCUGGAUAACUUAAACAGAUCCACGUUUGAGGCUGAUCUUCUCUCGAUAUUACCUGAGAGGAUAUCGUUCGAUCCUAACACAGUACAAUUAGCCAAUGUGCCUCCAAGAACAGUGCUUAGUAAGCAAAAUAUUCAUAUAUUAUUGUAUAGUUGUGUUCCGCAAUUACGCCAAUCGACUCGUAGUUUUAUAGUGGCAAUUAUUAAUACAAACGUGGACACACUUCGUCGUUUUCGGCUAAUGAUGGGCACUGCAAAUAAGAAAGCCUCCGUCAGACUAGAAGACAAGGGCUCAUUGGAAUUAUCCGGUGUCACGCCAAAAGCACCGGUUCCUACUGCAUAUUUAAUGCUUUGUGUGCUACCACUUGACGAUAUUCAUGAGGUCGAUUUGGAUUUUUCGCUUACGUACACCCAACAAUUCGAGAGAUCUAUCACGGGAAACAUCGUCUUACCGCUUUGA